AUGCUGAUCACCCUAUCUAGGUGCAGAAUCUUUGGAGCAAGCUGCCACAGAAUAUUCUCAACAAAGACAAAAGUUCCUGUGCCAUUCCUCAUGCAGCCCUACCCUCUGCAGUUACACAUCCAAGUAGGAGACAAGGCAGAACUAACAAAGGCUUUUACACAGCAGGACGUGGUCACCUUUUCUGACUUAACUGGGGACACAAACCGGUUACACCUGGAUGAAGAGUACGCAAAGAGGACAAGGUUUGGCAGAACAGUGGUACAUGGUGUGCUGAUCAAUGGACUUAUCUCUGCUGUACUGGGUACAAAAAUGCCUGGCCACGGCUGUAUCUUUCUGUCUCAGGAAAUUACUUUUCCAGCCCCUCUAUAUGUUGGAGAAGAGGUCUUGGCCUCAGCAGAAGUGGAGAGACUGAAGAGAGGGCUCGCAUAUAUUUCAGUGUCAUGUACGGUUACCAAAAGCGGCAAAAAAGUUAUGGAGGGUGUGGUUAAAGUUAUGGUGCCGGAAGAUCAGAGCUCCGAAUCCUGACCAUGUACUCCAUAGCAAGACUCGGGAAUAGUAGUUUGCUUUCUUGAGGACAAAACUGACUCCCGGUUUUAUGCCAAUAUGGCUUAACACUGAUGACAUGGAUCCUAUACUUAGCAAGCUGUAAUUAUGCUAUUGUUCUUCGCUCAUGUCAUAAAAGUUUUGGAAGACCAGAA